GCAACCCCUCAUGCAUUGACUUUCAUCCCAACAACUGAUACUCCAGUCCCCUAGGCACUUACAUCGCGCUAGGACUACAAAUGUAUCUGCAGACAUCAGCUUUGUCGAAGCUAAGAUUUCAAUCAUGACGUCUACACUAACAUGGAGGCAAAAAUUAAGCAAAUCUCCCGAAAUCUAUAUCAUACUCUUAGUAUCGGCAGACCUCUCACCGCAAUCCCAAAGAAAUGCCUCCAGGCCUGAUGUUCGUGGCCUCUUCCGUUGUAGACCCAAAUCGCACUUCCGACGCCCUCUUCACCAAAUUCUACAACGAAGAGCAUCUCCCAGACGUAAUUCGCUCCGGGCGCACGCGCUUCGCCCUUCGGUACAAAAGCACGAACCCAGACUCCACCAUGCCCUACAUGGCCAUUUACCCCGUCGAAGACUAUCACCAGAUGGACCUCGAGGAAAACCUUCGGUUCGCGGAGCAAACGCGCCAGAGCUUCGUCUUUGAAGGCGCUGACGUGUUUGAUCUUGUCAACUUCGAGAUCAGGCCUUAUGUCAAGAUCCAGACGUUUGAGGGGUGGGAGAGAGAGAAUGAGACUGGGUGGGAAAGGGGCAAGACGAUGGUUUGUGUUGCGACAGAGCCCGGGGAGGGGAAAGAUAGGGAAUUUGAGGAGUGGUCUAGGAAACAGCAGUUGCCGAUGCUGAGUAUGUGUCGCGGGUAUCAACGCUGUACGAGGUAUAAGCGGUUUGAUGCAGCAAAGCCGCGGUAUUUGGCGUUGCAUGAGUGGGACUGCGAGCCGGAGGAUUUGCCGACAGAGCAGUUGAAGAUGGUGGAGGGGACGGAGUGGGCAAGGGAGGUGAUUGGAGAGGCGCAGAUUUGGGAAGAGGAUGUAUUUUAUUUGAUUCAUGAACACGGGGCGACGGAUGACAAAAUUUGA